CCAGUGAGGCCCGCGGGAUUCGGAGCGACCGGGAACUCGGCUUCCGCCGUCCGGGCUCUCACCGGGCUGGAGACCCAGGCCCGCAACGCCGGGCCCUGCCCUGGAAGCGCCCGCGGCUCGGCUCCUGGACUGGGGAGUUGCUGCACUUUGGCGUAAAUUGCAAUCGAUUAGGGAUCGUUUCUCAGACUCAAGUUAGACGUGAGAGUUCAGAUAAGUGAGGCCGCCAUUGCUGCUUUGAACACCUCAGAAGGGGAGAAUGGAUUUAUCAGGAGUGAAAAAGAAGAGCUUGCUAGGAGUCAAAGAAAAUAAUAAAAAGUCCAGCACUAGGGCGCCUUCUCCCACCAAACGCAAAGACCGCUCUGAUGAGAAGUCCAAGGACCGCUCUAAAGAUAAAGGGGCCACCAAGGAGUCGAGUGAGAAGGAUCGCGGCAGGGAUAAGACUCGGAAGAGGCGCAGCGCUUCCAGCGGGAGCAGCAGCACCAGGUCCCGGUCCAGCUCUACCUCCAGCUCAGGCUCUAGCACCAGCACGGGCUCCAGCAGCGGCUCCAGCUCGUCUUCAGCUUCGAGCCGCUCGGGAAGUUCCAGCACGUCGCGCAGCUCCAGCUCCAGCAGCUCCUCCGGCUCCCCGAGCCCUUCUCGGCGCAGACACGACAACAGGCGGCGUUCCCGCUCAAAGUCCAAGCCACCGAAGAGAGAUGAGAAGGAAAGGAAGAGGCGGAGCCCUUCCCCGAAACCCACCAAAGUGCACAUCGGGCGGCUCACCAGGAAUGUGACCAAGGAUCACAUCAUGGAGAUAUUCUCCACCUAUGGGAAAAUUAAAAUGAUUGACAUGCCUGUAGAAAGGAUGCACCCCCAUUUGUCUAAAGGCUACGCCUAUGUGGAGUUUGAGAAUCCAGACGAGGCUGAGAAGGCGCUGAAGCACAUGGAUGGAGGACAAAUCGAUGGCCAGGAGAUAACUGCCACUGCUGUGCUGGCCCCCUGGCCCCGGCCACCCCCCCGGAGAUUCAGCCCUCCCAGGAGGAUGCUGCCACCUCCUCCUAUGUGGCGCAGGUCACCCCCACGGAUGAGGAGAAGGUCGCGCUCCCCGCGCCGCCGGUCGCCUGCGCGCCGUCGCUCCCGCUCUCCAGGCCGCCGCCGUCACCGCAGCCGCUCCAGCUCCAACUCCUCCCGAUAGGCGGGGCUCGGAGCUCCGCCCCUGCGACUCCCUCCCUCCGCUCUUGUCCGUUUCCGGGGGGGGGUCACAGGGAGGAAAUCCCUCCCUCGGGGCAGGCUUCAGGGUGGAGGCGGCGAUCCGUCUCCCCAGGCGGCGGGG